AUGGACUCUCCAGUCCUUAAUCAGCUGUUUCGACAGCUCUUCCGUCACCCAGCCUGUCAAUCCGUCCGCCCUUCGCCCUCAUCCCACACGUUUCGCCUAUCGCGAUCUCAACAACAGUGCCGACCGUUCCUUACGCGUAGGUCGGCGGCCAAGCGCAAGAGUACCGACGAUGGCUUGAAUUGGACAAAACGAGGGGAUUACCCGAAGAAUAUAGACGAGGAAUUGAAAACAUAUCCGUUGAUGGCAGCGAAAGAUCUGCGCCAUCGGCAGGACCGGCCACGCCAGGUACAGAUGCUAACAAGAGAAUUCAUUGACGACAGUUUAUAUAAUCCGCAUUACGGCUACUUUUCCAAGCACGCGACCAUCUUUAGCCCCGGGGAGCCGUUCGAUUUCAACAAUAUCGAAGAUGGGCCGGCCUUCCACAGGCUGUUAGGGGAGCGCUAUACCGAAUUUGAAGAUAUGCUAGAUGAAAAGCAGCCGGAUGAGGCCCGCCAGUUAUGGCAUACGCCGACCGAGCUGUUCCGGCCUUAUUAUGGAGAGACAAUUGCCCGCUAUCUCGUGUCUAACUAUAAACUGACGCUCUAUCCUUACCAUGACCUCAUCAUAUACGAAAUGGGCGCAGGAAACGGAACAAUGAUGAUUAACAUCCUCGACUUCAUCCGCGAUACAGACUACGAGGUCUAUCAGCGAACCAAAUUCCGCAUCAUUGAGAUUUCGCCGGCUCUGGCUGGGCUUCAAAUGAAGAAUUUGACUGACUCUCUUUACGCUGCUGGUCAUUUGGACCACGUCGAAAUUAUCAACAAGUCUAUUUUUGAAUGGGACACCUACGUGCACUCCCCGUGCUUCUUCCUCGCGCUUGAAGUGUUUGACAACUUUGCCCACGACGCAAUUCGAUAUGAUACCAAGACAGAAAUGCCACAGCAGGGUGGAGUACUGAUUGACGGAGACGGCGAAUUCCAUGAGUUCUGGACCCCCAAGCUGGACCCUCUUGCAUCUCGAUUCCUGCGUGUUCGUCAAGCCGCAGCCCGGCGUGAGUUCCCCAGUCCGCUGGGACCGCGACUCGCACGACAAAUCCGCGGGACCUUGCCAUUCCAAAAACCUUACACGAUGCCUGAGUAUAUUCCCACUCGACUGAUGCAAUUCUUCGACAUCCUUGACAACUACUUCCCUGGCCACCGACUCCUAGCAAGUGACUUCAGCAGCCUUCCAGAUGCUAUUCCGGGAAUCAAUGCGCCGGUAGUACAAACACGAUACAAGAGGAGAACAGUUCCAGUCUCCACACCUUUCGUGCAUCAGGGCUAUUUCGAUAUCUUCUUUCCCACGGAUUUCAAUGUUGUCGAGGACAUCUACCGAGCGAUCACUGGAAAGCUAACACAAGUGGCCAGCCACGAAGAUUUCGUUCGACGCUGGGCGUACGUCGAAGACACGGAAACCAGGAGUGGCGAGAACCCGCUUCUGACGUGGUAUAAGAAUGCUAGCAUGUUGAUGACCGUCUAG